AUGUUAAACCUGAAGGAACAAAGGGCAGCAAAUUAUUGUUCAAGUAAGUUUGCAGCAAUUGGUUUUGCGGAGUCUGUUGCACUAGAAUUACUAGCAUCCGGGAAAAACGGUAUAAAGACUACUAUCGUUUGCCCGUACUUCAUAAACACGGGAAUGUUUGAUGGCUAUUAUUGUUCAAGUAAGUUCGCAGCAAUUGGUUUUGCGGAGUCUGUUGCACUAGAAUUACUAGCAUCCGGGAAAAACGGUAUAAAGACUACUAUCGUUUGCCCGUACUUCAUAAACACGGGAAUGUUUGAUGGCUGUAAAACUAAGUGGGCACACCUCCUUCCUAUUUUGGAUCAGAAUUAUACUGCCAAAAAAAUUACGGAUGCCAUUUUACGGGAUCAAGUACUACUUGUGAUGCCACGAAGUCUAUACUUUAUGUUUGCAAUUAAGAAUUUGCUUCCUCUGAAACUUGGAAUUCUACUUGGGCACUACUUUGGUGUUUUCGACGUUAUGGAUAACUUCAAAGGUCGAGUUAAAAAGGAUUGACUUGAUCUGCAGGAUCAAUAAAGUGAAAGUUGUGGAA